AUGGAUAUAAAAACAAUAUAUGAAAAUAAUGAUGCUUCUGAAAGAUCAAAAAAAAUUAAAGAAUUAAAGGAAUUACUUGAUACAUGUAUUGAGAAAGGAAACAUUGAAGUCGAUUCAGUGUUUGAUGAUCACAAUUAUUACAAAGCUUCAGCCGUAGAUUGUGUGAUCUAUUAUGUUUGUGGCUAUAUAACUAGGAAACUAGCUAAACGUUAUAAGUGUGAAGAAUGUACAACAUUUUUCAAUAGUUCAACAGAAGCAUCUGCAAAUCCUGUAGCUGCAUUAACAAACAUAAAAUCCAAAGGCUGGUUAUUACAUCCUAACCAUAGUUUAUUUGAGUUUAUUAGGUAUAUAGAAGAUCUAUUUAACCAGUACUGUAAAUAUUCUGACGUUUUUGAAUUAAUUGUCAACCACAUAACUGAAAAUAAUAAACAGUUUUGGUUUUCAUGCUCCCUGCAUAAAACAGAUGUUAUGUCUGAUAUAAUCACAUAUUACAUUACAAUGCGUAUGCGGCAGUAUUCAGUUUUUCAAAAUAGAGAGCAAAACAAAUUGAGUUCUAAGAAAAAAAAAUUGUCGAAACUAGUCAACACUUGAUUGUAAUUUUAUUAAUAAAAUAUAUUUUACAUUUUUACUAUAUAAAUAACAUAUUAAAUUGUUUAAGUCAACCUAAGCACAUAAAUAGGUCACCUUAAGACAUUACAAGUAGA